AUGUCGCGCCCACGGCCGGGCUCGCGGCACCGACGCAAGUUGCGGAGGGAAAGAGAGGAGCUGGGAGAAUGGGUGCCGAAGCAAGAAAAGGAGCCCGCCCAAGCUGCCGCUGAUCCAUCUGAGGCCUCGACCAUCGAAUCUACCACCGAAGCGACCACCAGUGCUUCAGCUCCGGAUUCCAAAGACACAACUGGUGAAACAAAGGAUCGUCACUACUACUAUCGCCAGGAGAAGUUUGAACGUCGCUUUGUGGCCCUUGAUCGGUGUAUCAAGGAACGUGUUGAUGCCAACAUCGUAAAGGGGCGCGCUGCCAUAGACGCAGACACCAAGAAACUGCGCCGUCAACACAAAGAGCUGUUAACCAAGGUUAAAAGCGAAGCAGAGCAGAUUCGGCGCGCGUACCAGGUGGAUAUUAGAGACACGAAAAAAGAAAUCAACCGCCUCGAACGGAAAGUGGACGAGAUACAAGAGGAAAACGAGACUCUCCGGGAUGAGAUCGCGCGUGAACGUCGCCGCAUGAUGUACGAGCGAUACGAUGGUCCUUCGCAUGACCAAUAA